AAGCAAAUUGUUAAACGAUAUAACCAUUUGAACGUCAGUUAGUUAUACUUUUCAUUUCAUAGAAUGGGUCCAGCUGUUGUGAAUACUGAAGGAGGAUUUGUACGCGGAAGUUACAGAACGAAUCUAAAUGGGGGUGAUUUCUUAUGUUUCCUAGGCAUACCAUACGGUAGACCGCCAGUUGGAGAUCUACGAUUUAUGGCUCCACUUCCUGCGGAACCUUGGACAUAUAUUAGAGAUGGCACAAAAGAAGGGGAUAUCUGUUUUCAAAAAAACUCAUCGACUGGAAAAUUUGAAGGAUCAGAGGACUGCUUGAAUCUAAAUGUAUUUACAAAAGAGCUCCCUGAGCCAAGUUCCAGUUUGAAACCUGUAAUGGUAUGGAUCCACGGAGGUGCAUACCGAUUUGGAUCCAAUAAAACCGAUUCAACAGGACCAGAGUUUUUGAUGAUUGAAGAUAUAGUUCUGGUGACAAUCAAUUAUAGAUUAGGAUUACUUGGAUUUUUGAGUUUGAGAGAUACAUCGCUGGAAGUUCCCGGUAAUGCGGGACUGAAGGAUCAGGCCAUGGCUCUGAAAUGGGUAAAGAGAAAUAUACAGAAUUUUGGUGGUGAUCCAAAUAACAUAACGAUUUUCGGAGAGAGUGCUGGAUCAGUUUCGAUUCAUUUUCAUUUGCUGUCACAGCACUCCGCAGGGCUCUUUCACAAAGUAAUAAUGCAAAGUGGAGUCGUUCUCAAUCCAGCCGCUCACGCAGAAUACCAUCAUAUAUUUGAGUUUAUAAAAUUCGUCACAGGAAUUGAAGUUGAAAAAGAGAAGGAAAUUCUGGAAAUUAUGCAAGCUAUGCAUGUUGAAGAACGGCAUGUAAAUCAAGAAAGAUUUUGCGAAUGGAAGCAGUAUGCAGAUGGAUUGAUCGGCCCAGUUAUAGAGAAUCCAAAUGAAACGGAAUUUAUUUCGGAACCUACUAUUGAUUUGUUGACUUCUGGAAAAUAUAACAAGGUACCGAUAAUGAUGGGAUAUUGCUCAAAUGAGGGGCUACUGGUGGAAAUCGGACGACAGCAUCAUAGAAGAGAUGGAACUUCGAUACCAAAGAUUCAGGACAAUCUGGAGUCUUUCAUUCCUCGUGAAAUAAACAUGGAAAAUAAUAGUACAAUCAAAGAAUAUAUCUGUGGGAAAUUAGAGAACUUUUAUUUCAGAGGAGAGAAUGCAAAAAAUGAGUUCCAGUUACCAUCCGAUUACUCUUUCAUUGCUGGAAUCAUAGGAUGUGCAAAAAUCCACGCAAAAACUUCGCACUAUCCUGUUUACUUAUAUAGGAUGUCGUUAGAUGCUGGGAUGAAUUUCCUCAAAAGAAAAGCCAAACUCACUCAUCUACCAGGUGCCUGUCAUGCAGAUGACCUGGGUUAUUUAUUCAAAAAUACAAUUGAUGUGGAUUUACAUAUGGGGGAACUGGAAGAAAUUUAUGUGAGAAGAUUCGUGACACUGUGGACAAAUUUUGCAAAAUUUGGAAAUCCCACUCCAGUGGAUAACAAUCUAAAUAUCAUAUGGAAUCCAGUAGAAAAUCAUACCCUUCAUAUUUUAGAUAUUGAUAAAGACUUAACCAUGCUAAUUGAUCCAGAAGCUGAGAGAAUGAAAAUUUGGAAAGAUAUAUAUCAGCUCAGUUCGAAAACAAGUGAAUAUUUAUAAACUAUUAUGAUCGAAAUUAUGAAAAUUGUAAUGAUAAAAAUUAAAGAGGAUAUUUCAAUGUCA